GGGGAUUAUGACACCAUAACCCCAAGACCUUUCCGCCACUAGAUAUUCAAUCUCAGAUUUCGCGCCCGCCAAGUUCCUCUCGACUCUCAAACCUCCCACUAGAUUUGGCCACCGCCUCACCUCUCUACGUUGCCAAUCAGCAUCACCCCCGCCAAUAUCUGCCUCUAAAAUGACAGACAGCCUGGUCGACAAACUGAAGGCAUCGACGCUUAGCGACGGUCCUGAUGCCAUGGAAGACUGGAAGAACAAUCUCAAACUACCUGCCAAAGAUACUAGGCAUCAGACUGAAGAUGUCACGAAUACAAAAGGACUGGAGUUCGAGGAUUUCAAGUUGAAACGAGAUCUGCUAAUGGGCAUCUUUGAGGCCGGGUUCGAAAAACCGUCUCCGAUUCAAGAAGAGAGCAUUCCCGUCGCCCUUACCGGUCGAGACAUUCUCGCACGUGCCAAGAACGGGACAGGGAAAACCGCCGCCUUCGUCAUCCCCACCCUCGAGAAGAUCAACCCGAAAGUCUCGAAGGUGCAAUGUCUCAUCCUGGUCCCCACCAGAGAGCUUGCCAUGCAGACCUCCCAAGUCUGCAAAACACUCGGCAAGCACCUCGGGGUUAAUGUCAUGGUCACAACUGGUGGAACUGGUCUUCGAGACGAUAUCGUUCGCCUGCAAGACCCGGUGCAUAUUAUCGUCGGGACGCCAGGCAGGAUCCUUGAUUUGGCAGGGAAGAAUGUUGCCGAUCUCAGCGAAUGCCCCAUGUUCAUCAUGGACGAGGCUGACAAGCUUCUUUCCGCCGAAUUCACACCAGUCAUCGAACAGCUCUUGCAGUUCCACCCGAAGGACCGUCAGGUGAUGCUCUUCUCGGCCACAUUCCCCCUCUCAGUCAAGGAUUUUUCGGACAAGAACAUGGUUAGUCCCUACGAGAUCAACCUCAUGGACGAGCUCACAUUGCGCGGCAUCACCCAAUACUACGCAUUUGUGGAGGAGAAGCAGAAGGUCCACUGCUUGAAUACCUUGUUCUCCAAGCUGCAGAUCAACCAGUCCAUCAUUUUCUGCAAUUCUACGAACCGGGUCGAGCUCCUGGCGAAGAAGAUUACCGAGCUUGGCUACUCUUGUUUCUACAGCCACGCCAAGAUGGCACAGCAGGCCCGGAACCGCGUGUUCCACGAUUUCCGAAACGGAGUCUGCCGAAACCUGGUCUGUUCCGACUUGCUCACCCGCGGUAUCGACAUUCAAGCCGUCAACGUUGUCAUCAACUUCGACUUCCCCAAGAACGCCGAGACAUAUCUCCAUCGCAUUGGCCGGUCAGGGAGAUACGGCCACCUAGGCUUGGCGAUCAACCUCAUUAACUGGGAUGACCGUUUCAACCUGUACAACAUCGAGAGGGACCUAGGUACUGAAAUCCAGCCGAUCCCCCAGACCAUCGACAAGAGUCUCUACGUCUACGAGAAUCCCGAAUCGAUCCCCCGCCCAAUCUCAAACUUCAAGACGUCCACCCAGCAAACUCAGCCCCAGAACCCUCCACAGCAGGGCCUGCCCUCCUCAUCACAGCCCAAGCCUACUGCGGCCGGCCAGGGAGACUGGCAGAACCAAAACGCUCGGCCGAAUGGGCCCGCCGGCCCUUCAAACAACCAGCCGCGCCAGCAGUACCAAGGUAACCGUGGACAACCCGGUCGCGGAGGCCGCGGCCGUGCCCCUUACCAGGGGCCACAGGGGCAGCAAGGACAACCGGGGCCGCAGGGACCGCAGGGCCAGCGCCAAAAUUUUGGUGGCCAACGAGGGAGUCGCAACCAAGUUCAAAAUGGCCAGGCCGCUGGGCAGCUUUAACAUGCUUCCCCGCUGAUGAGUUCGUCGUUUGGGGGCGGUAACGACGGACAUACUCAUCUUUCCUGUUACCCUCCUCUGUUUCCUUUUUCGUUUUCCUCUACCGUUUGUUCUUCAUCAUUGUCCGGUGUACUGUACAUACCUCUCCUCCCCCCCGAUUUCCCAACCUUUCGGGCCUUGGACAACCUCACCCCUCGCCGCGGAUACCACCACCCCGGAUGCCCACCGCCCUUGGCCUCGGGCUCGUUGCAUCUGCCUAAUUCUCAACUAUACGACUACUUCUCUGGCUGCCCAACAUGGUCG